UCUGGUAGGGCAGGACGGGGUGUAUGGUCAAUGUGUGCAGAGUUGUUUUCUUUGCCUCUGAGGACAAUAAGGACUGCCCUGAGGUACAAAGCUCUAAUUCAGUUGUUGCAGGCUGAGUGAGGCCGCCUGCCUCCUGUCUGUAAAAAAAUUGGGAGGGUUCUUAGCAGCACUCGGCAGAAAUCUGACACUCCCCACAUCAUGAUUUGCAACUUUUCCUUUUCUUGACUUCGUUUCUUGUUCACCUUUUCCAUCGUCUUUCUUAGCUCCUCUCUCUCUCUCUCUCUCUCUCUUCUUCUCUCUCAAAAUGGGCAAUGAGGAAGAACACUCAACAGCAAUGGAUGUUUUAAGAUGCUCAGAACUACCUUCAAAAGCAUCCACGUCCAAGGUUCUAACCUUGAGAUACGAGCGUUCUAAGAGUGCUCCUCAAUCUAGUACCAGUGAAGACUUUGCAGACUUCGAAUGCCGACACCCAAAACCUGAUCCCCAUCAUAUGAAGCUAGACUUGGAGCAAAUCAAGUAUGAUAUUAAUGCGAGGAAGAGGCAAUCCAUCAAUGCUGAGCUACAGACAAUUCUGAAACAAGAGAUUUUUCAAUUGGAAACAAGAUUAAGAGACCAACUGUUAGUACGUCAAGCUUUAGAGAACGCACUGGGCUAUAGACAUGCCUUGAGGGAUACAACUAAUGGAAAAUCAAUGCCGAAGCCAACUGAGGAGCUAAUCAAGGAAAUUGCUAUACUUGAAUUGGAGGUUGUGUAUUUGGAACAAUAUCUGCUUUCGCUGUAUCGGCAAGCAUUCAACCAACAACUUCCCUCAUCACACUCCACAGCAACAGAUGAAAGUUUAAACUACUCCCAGGAAAGUUUGCCACAUCAAGUUCCAGGACUUGAUAUCACGCCAAAAAGAGUGACUGCUUAUAGUCACCCUUUGCCAUCAAAUCCGAUACUGAUUCCUCAAAAUUCGUUUUUUGAUCAUAUAACCUAUUCUGACAACCUUGCUGCCAUUGACAAGCAAGCAGAUCCUGGUGUCCAACGCUGCCAUUCAUCACUAUCACAGAGCUCAAUAUGUUCAGACAGGAAUUCUCCUCCUCUGGAAAAAAUGGGACUGCCAUUCAGAGGCUGUCAUUCACAACCAUUAUGUUCAACAGAGUUGCAGAACAGUAACUCGGGAAUGAUCAGUCUGGCAGAUCAUCUCGGAACAUGUAUUGCAGAUCACAUUCCUGAGACACCUAAUAGACUCUCAGAAGACAUGAUUAGGUGCAUGGGCUCCAUAUACUGCAAAAUUGCAGAACCUCCUCUUCCACAUUUUGGUGUUUCUUGUUCGCCAACUUCAUCCUUAUCAUCAAUGAGCACAUUUUCACCACAGGACCCAUGUGAUGUGUGGAGUCCUCAUGGCAAACAAGAGACGAUUUGUGAUACAAGAUUGGAAAAUCCUUUCCAAAUUGAUGGUGCAGUAGAACCUGAUGGACCUUACAGCACAAUGGUGGAAGUCUCUUCGAUAUGUACAGACAGUUCAAGGUUGAGAUCUGUUGAGAACAUGCUGCAAACUUAUGGGACCCUUGUGCGGCGAUUAGAAAAGGUUGAUCCUAGAAAGUUGAAGAAUGAAGAGAAGCUUGCAUUCUGGAUCAACAUACACAAUGCACUGGUGAUGCAUGCAUAUGUAACAUGUGGAAUCUCCCAAAAUAAUCUUAAGCGAGCAUACUUACUUGUCAAGACUGCUUACAAUGUGGGAGGUCAAACAAUAAAUGCUGACAUGAUACAGUGUCAAAUUCUGAAAUGUCGGAUGCCUCGUCCCGUUCAGUGGCUCAGGACCCUAUUAUCCACAAAAUUGAAGAUUAAAGUUGGAGAUGACCGACAAGGCUGUGCAAUUCAUUAUCCAGAACCUCUUCUGAACUUUGCUCUUUGCUCAGGAUGUUAUUCAGAUCCUGCGGUCCGGAUGUAUACACCAAAAAGGGUAUUCCAGGAGCUUGAAGCUGCAAAGCAAGAGUAUAUUCAAGCAAGCAUAGGUAUACGCAAUGAAGAGAAAAUUCUGCUGCCCAGAAUUCUUGAGAACUUUGCGAGAGAUUCAUGCUUAAGCACAGAAGGGCUGUUGGCCGUGAUUCAGAACUGUCUGCCUGAAAUUCAACGUAGGAUUGUGCGGAGAUGCUUGCAGAGUAAAUUGCGGAGGUGUGUUGAAUGGAUACCCCACAACUUUGCACACCGAUAUUUACUGGCAAAAGAACUGACAAAAGCUUAGGCUGCAAUUCCCUUCAGGUUCCACGGCCGAAUGCAGCACUAGCUAAUUUUGAAAUGGUGCUCCUUCACUGUAAUUGUACUUUUUUCCCUUUUUUUGGAAAUGUAUACAAGUCGUUGUGAGCUGAUUGGCUUUGUAAUUUGUUAGCCUACCUUUUCUCCUUUUUUGCCUAGCAGACUAAUUUGUGAGAAGGCCAGCUGAUUGUAAAUUCAGAAUUUGUGUAUGUAAGAUGUCACCUGUCUCUUUUUCCCAUUUAGAAUGAACAGCCGUAACACAUAGUUGCACCUUGGGGAGA